AUGUCAGCCUUCACGUUCAAGAACAAAGUCAGCAUCACACACAUGGCAACGGCUACUGCCAUCCUCGAUAUUGAUGGCAUCAUCUUCCUUACCGACCCUCUCUUCUUCCCUGCUGGAAAAGUGUUCCACAUCACUGCCACGCCCUGCAAGCACUGGCCUGGACACGAAUGUGUCGGAUUCGUUGUACACACUGAGGACUUUGGAGCGGCAGCUGAUGGUCGCCCGAACGCCAUCUACUUCUCUGGCGACACAGUAUACAUUGAGGAGCUGUCGAAGAUCGCAUACAAGUACCACAUUACUGCCGCCCUCAUGAAUUGCGGUAAAGCAACCUUUUACGAGUUUACCGAUGAGGGAAAGCCGGUUCAGCCAGGCGAUAGUUUACAAAUCACCAUGGAUGGCCGACAGGCUGCUCGUCUCCUGAAGGACCUUAAGGCAGAUGUGCUUGUUCCUAUGCACUACGAGUCGUGGGAUCAUUUCAAACAAGGUGGAAAUGAGCUCGCGCAGGGAUUCAAAGAGGAAGGCGUCCUGGAGAAGGUUCGUUGGCUGAACUCUGGUAAGGCUGUGGAGAUCAAUUGA